CUUCCCUGGAGCAUGGCCCAGGUGCUCCGCAGCUCCCAGCUCGUCGCCCGCUUCCAGCGCUGCUGCGGGCUCUUCCCCGCCGCGGAGGAAGGAGCUGGCGAUGGGGACCAUGUCCCGGCCCGGGACACCUGCCCCCGGGGCAGCCCCGCCCGGCAGCGGCUGCCAGAGGCCAACGGUGUGAAGAGCAGCCCCCAGCCGCAGGAUUGUGCACACAAGUAUGUUGUGAAGAAUUAUUUCUACUACUACCUGUUCAAGUUUUCAUCUGCCUUGGGUGAAGAGAUUUUUUACAUCACAUUCCUUCCAUUCACCUACUGGAACAUCAAUCACGAUGUGUCGAGGAGGCUGGUAAUGAUGUGGUGUAUUGUUAUGUACAUAGGCCAAGUCAUUAAGGACAUCCUGAAGUGGCCUCGUCCUCAUUCACCUCCUGUUGUGAAGCUGGAAAUGAGAGCAGAAUAUGGAAUGCCAUCCACCCAUGCCAUGGCAGCUACAUCCAUUUCCUUCACAUUUUGUAUUGCAACAAUAAACCAAAACAAGUACUCACUUGUGUUAGGACUAAUGGCAGCAUUUGUAUUUUCUACCCUGGUGUGUCUCAGCAGACUUUACACUGGAAUGCACACUGUACUGGAUGUGAUUGGUGGAACUCUGAUUUCAGCUGCGUUAAUUGUACUCACAUAUCCUGCAUGGGAUAUCAUAGACCACUUGAUGUUAACCAGUCCAUUCUGCCCUAUACUUUCCACAGUCGUGCCCCUUCUCCUAUGUUACAACUAUCCCAAACUAGAGGAUUACAGCCCUACUCGAGCAGACACGACGACUGUCCUUGGAGCAGGAGCUGGAGCAACCAUAGGAUUCUGGUUGAAUAACCUAUAUGAAGCACCAAACUAUCCCAACGAAAGUCUUCAUCUCAGCCUUCCUCCAAUCACUGAAAUGAUGAUGGUGGUGCUGGCAAAGUUCUUAGUAGGGAUAUUUAUUCUUUUGGUCACACGUUAUUUCAUCAAAGGCCUGGCCCUCCGUGUGUUGUGUUCUAGGUACCAGGUUUCUCUCAACAAUCUAAAAGUCAGACAACGACUGGAAAUAGAAGUGCCCUACAAAUUUAUAACAUAUUUUUCUGUUGGCUUCAGUGCUACAGUGCUUGUGCCAUUAGUACAUGAGUUAUUAGGAUUAAUAUGAGUGUGAUGCAUUGUUAGAAAUAGUUUAUUGCAAAACCAUGUUGAAGAUGCAAAGAAUUUACUCAAAGGAAAAGACUUCACCAGAAAGUGUGUUGUGCCUUUCUGCACUGGCCUAAAAUAUCUACUGUUGAAUAUCCCAGGGAAUCACUGAAUGUAAUUUUAAGAUUAGAAAUUACUGGCUAGUCUGUACCCACAGCUACAGAUCUGUGAUCCAGGUGGUUAAUAUGAUGAGUACAAAAACAAGAACUCCUGUUUGUUUUGUUUACUUUCCAAAAAGUUAGCAUGUGCUACAGUUUCAGUGUUGUGUCACUCACGGUUCAGCCUCAGUACUUCACUCCUCUGUUUUGGAAACAUCACAAAGGUGAUGCUUACACGGUUGGAUAUAUGGCAGGUUUCCCUCACUGCAUCCUGCAAUCUCUGAUGGCCUCCCACACUUCAAGUAAGGGAUUCUGUUUUAUGAUGCCAUGUAGGGUGUAGCAGAUACAAGAGAGCAAUUCUGCUGCAGGGACAGAAUCAGCUCCACAGUGGUCAGGAAUUGGGGUUAGUAUAAAUACUGCUACUGAGAAUAAGAAAAGUGUGCAUGUGUAAGCAGCAGGGCUGAGAAGGCCUCAUAUGGGGAAGAAGCUGCCAACCUAGUAUUAAAGCUCCACUCUCCAGCCUAUCAUUGCUCAAUAUUGUGUUCUCCUGGGUAAUUGGGCAGCCAAAGGAAGAAGUUGCUGAGGGAGGAAAUCCACAGGGAAGGUAGCAGGAAAUUAGAAGUGAUCAGAAAGAGGUAAGCCUGGCUAAGUGGGUGGCUAGCCAAAAACAAAAUGAGAAUGGCUUGAAAUGACAUAGGGCCUGAUGCUGCCAUGAAGCUGCGCUUUAAAACUGGCAUGGAUUCAGUGGAAGUGUCCUGCUGACUAAGAUGUCAGGCUCUCUGAAUUAGAUGCCCUUAGGAACUAACAUGCACAGAAACCAUAAACCUAGAUAAGGUUACACAUAUGUGUUUCCCUUGUGACUGCUCUUAAUUGUUAAAUGUUGAAAUUUUAUGACACUUUUUGUACUUGUUACUUGAUGUAAUCCGUCUUCUCAGUACACGGACAGCUUUCCUUGUUAAGACUUGUUUUACCUAUUGGAAAACUAACUUUUUUCUUUUGUGUUUCAUACCAAAAAUCUUACUGAAAUAUUACUGAAAAUUCUGCUUGGCUAUGCUUCAACUAGGGAAGUGAGCACACAACGGGGAGCCACGUGCUCCUGAAUCAAUAUCCCAGCUGCCAUGGAUUCCCUCUUGGGAAAACCACUUAUCUACCUUGCCUCAGUUCCUCCAUCCCUAAAAGUGCAACAAUAAUUUCUGCCUACCUCACAGGGAUGUUGUGAGGACUAAUUAGUGUUUCAAGUGUAUUAUGGAAAGUGCUGAGUAUUAACAGUCAAGUGACCAUAAAACACAGUGAUACAAUGGCCAUAAUUUUCUGGUGCUAAGCUCCACUAUGAUUUGUCUUCUGUGCAUCUUGCAUUAGUACACAAGAAUAGUCAUGUUCUUAACCAUUAAUAGUUAAGGGUGGCUGCUGCUGCUGUGACUUCCAGGACACUAAAACGUGUUAGCAAUUGCACCAAUAAGCUGAUAGAAGUUCAGCU